UCGAGUGGCCGGCGGAGGCCUGCGUUCCUGGGCCGAGCCGGGGAUCUCUGUCCGGGCGUCUUACCCUCCGGGGCUAUGGAUCUCUAAGCCACGUGCUCCGUGAGACAGCCCAAAACCUGAUCCUUUGUGCCCCGUAGUUAGUCCUCCGUGCUGGAUCCGAACUUUGGGGCUUUUAUUUGCGUGAAUUCUCGUGAUUUACACGUCAUUUCCCCAACCGAGAUAAAAUUGUUGGCAGAACUGAAUUCUGCACAUAUAUUAGGACGCCGCCACAACUUUUAAGCAAGAGCACAGAUUUUUCUCACCCAAUAAAAACUCAAAAGGGCUUGUAAGAGGAGUGCUCGACUCGAGGCCCUUCCCCACCCCCCACCCCGUCGUUGUCCCCUUAAUCUGCACGUGGCAACAUCUGUGUUCCCAUCUUACAAAUGAAGUGCGGGGGAGUUUGGGGAGCCUGUGAGGUGGUGUCCUUGCAUCUGAAAGAGGAUGUCGGAGUCCAGUGUCUCACUGCAGAUUGGAGAAAGGCUUUGGGGGUGGACACCCACGAGGACCACGACACCUCCACCGAGAAUGCUGAUGAGUCCAACCACGACCCCCAGUUUGAGCCAAUAGUUUCUCUUCCCGAGCAAGAAAUUAAAACGCUGGAAGAAGAUGAAGAGGAACUUUUUAAAAUGAGAGCCAAGCUCUUCCGAUUUGCUUCAGAGAACGACCUCCCGGAGUGGAAGGAGCGGGGCACGGGGGACGUCAAGCUGCUGAAGCACAAGGAGAAGGGGACCAUCCGCCUGCUCAUGCGCAGGGACAAGACCCUCAAGAUCUGCGCCAACCACUACAUCACGCCAAUGAUGGAGCUGAAGCCGAACGCGGGCAGCGACCGUGCCUGGGUCUGGAAUACCCAUGCUGACUUCGCCGAUGAGUGCCCCAAGCAGGAGCUGCUGGCCAUUCGCUUCCUCAAUGCCGAGAAUGCACAGAAAUUUAAGACAAAGUUUGAAGAAUGCAGGAAAGAGAUUGAAGAGAAAGAAAAAAAAGGGUCUGGCAAGAACGACAGCGCCGAGAAGGUAGCAGAGAAGCUCGAGGCACUCUCCGUGCAGGAAGGCGAGCAGCCCCAGGACGUGGCCCCAGCGGCGGCCGAGGAGGAGCAGUGAGGCGCCCCGGGCACCUUGCCCCCGUCUCCCCCGUUUCUUUUUUUAAUUUUUCCCUGCGCCUUCUUUUUGGUUUGUUUUUAUUCUGUUUUGUUUUUACAAGGGACUUUAUAUAAAGAACUGACUUCCAACAUUCAGGUUGUUUUUUUUCUAAGUUUUUGCCCUCAUGAAGACAACUUCAGAAAAUCUAUUCCCUGGUCAUGAGAAUGUACCGUGCUAACUUUCUUUUCCAUAGUGGAAACACUUAUUUAUAGUCAUCAAAAUAGCGAAUAAACAACACAUUUGAAACCUG